UCAUCCUCGUGUCCCCUGCUGCAGCCACCAAGCAUCAUGCUCUCCGUCCGUGCCCUGCUCGCCACGCUUGCAGACCAGCAGCAGCUGCAGCUGUCGCCGCUGAAGGGACUCAGCCUGGCUGACAAGGAGAACACGCCUCCGUCCCUCAGCGGGACUCGCGUGCUGGCCAGUAAGACCGCGCGGCUGAUCUUCCAGGAGCCCACCGAGCCGAAGAGUAAGGGAUUUGCGCCCAGCGUGGAGGAGGAACCACUGCUGAGAGAGAACCCCCGGCGCUUUGUCAUCUUCCCUAUCGAAUACCAUGACAUUUGGCAGAUGUAUAAGAAAGCCGAGGCCUCCUUUUGGACGGCAGAGGAGGUGGAUCUUUCCAAAGACAUUCAGCACUGGGAAGCCCUGAAGCCCGAGGAGAGAUACUUUAUAUCACACGUUCUGGCUUUCUUUGCCGCCAGCGAUGGCAUAGUCAAUGAGAAUUUGGUGGAGCGGUUCAGCCAAGAAGUUCAAAUCACAGAGGCUCGCUGUUUCUACGGCUUCCAGAUCGCCAUGGAAAACAUUCAUUCUGAAAUGUACAGUCUCCUCAUCGAUACUUAUAUCAAAGAUUCCAGAGAAAGGGAGUUCCUCUUCAAUGCCAUCGAGACCAUGCCCUGUGUGAAGAAGUCGGACUGGGCCUUGCGCUGGAUUGGGGACAAAGAGGCCACUUAUGGGGAACGCGUGGUAGCCUUUGCUGCCGUGGAAGGCAUCUUUUUUUCUGGUUCUUUUGCGUCGAUCUUCUGGCUGAAGAAACGGGGACUCAUGCCCGGCCUCACCUUUUCCAAUGAACUCAUCAGCAGAGAUGAGGGCCUGCACUGUGACUUCGCCUGCCUGAUGUUCAAGCACCUGAUGCAUAGACCCUCAGAGCAGAGGGUGAAGGAGAUUAUCGUCAACGCCGUCAGAAUCGAGCAGGAGUUCCUCACGGAGGCCUUGCCAGUGAAGCUGAUUGGCAUGAACUGCGAGCUCAUGAAGCAGUACAUCGAGUUCGUUGCUGACAGGCUCAUGCUAGAGCUGGGCUUUGGCAAGGUUUUUCAAGUGGAAAAUCCAUUUGACUUCAUGGAGAAUAUUUCUCUAGAAGGGAAGACAAACUUCUUUGAGAAGAGGGUAGGCGAGUAUCAGAGGAUGGGAGUUAUGUCCAGCCCCACGGAGAAUUCUUUCACAUUGGAUGCUGACUUUUAGAAC